AUGGGAACAGAGUCUGUAAGAAUUGAAUCAGCCAAGGAAGGAGAGAAGUCAUGCUUAAGGAAGAAGUUGGAAUCCUGGUUAAAUAGAAGGCUCAGGAUAUGUAUGACAGAUGGGAGAACACUUAUAGGAACAUUUCUUUGUACAGACCAAGAAAGGAAUGUCAUUCUAGGUUCUUGUGAAGAGUAUGUCAACCCACCAGACACCACUGAAAAGGAAGAGCCUAGAGUGCUGGGUUUAGCUAUGGUACCUGGUCAGCAUAUAGUUACCAUCGAAGUGGAUAUGUACACUCCACCACAGGCAAUUCUCUGAUGAUGAAAAUAUCAUUCCGUGAAGUAAACUUCUAUUCUAUUAUAUAGGAUUUUAAAAGAAGAAAAAUAAGAACCUUGGUUGGUUCACGCUAGCAACACUACCAGAUAUGGCAUGACUUUCACAGUAUAUCUGUGGUACAAGUGAACAUUGUAAUUUAAUGUCAUUUUUGUGAUAAGAACUGAAUUUAUGUUUUGUAGUUGCUGAUGCCAAUUCAGGAAUAAAGUGUUUUAUUUU